GGGUGGGGACUCUGGGCCGGACCUGAGUGCAGACAGGAAGCUACCCCGGGGAUCCCAGGGAACCCUGGGACUGUUUGCUGGCACCGUUUCCGAGCUCCGUCCCAGCCAGAUCCCAGGCUUUGAGCUGUCCCCGGGCUGUAAGGGGGGCGGGGACAGACAGUGUAUUCAUUUGCCAGAGGAGGGCGUGCCAUUCCAGAGGACAGUAGCGCAGUGACCACCGUCUAGCUAUGGGGACUGCUCUCGUGUAUCACGAGGACAUGAUGGCCACUCGGUUGCUGUGGGACGACUCGGAGUGCAAGAUCGAGUGUCCUGAGCGCCUGGCAGCAGCUCUGGGCAGCCUCCGGCAGUGUGGCCUGGAGCAGAGGUGUCUGCACGUGACAGCCCGAGAGGCCUCGGAGGCAGAGCUGGGCUUGGUGCACAGCCCAGAAUACGUGGCCCUGGUUCGGGGGACCCAGACUCUGGGGACAGAGGAGCUCCAGGCACUUUCUAGACAGUACGAUGCGGUCUACUUCCACCCGAGCACCUUUCACUGUGGCCGCCUGGCCGUGGGUGCUGUGCUGCAGCUGGUGGAUGCUGUGCUGACUGGAGCCGUGCACAAUGGGCUUGCCCUGGUGAGGCCUCCUGGGCACCACAGCCAGAGGGCAGCUGCCAAUGGAUUUUGUGUGUUUAACAAUGUGGCUAUAGCAGCCGAACAUGCCAAGCGGAAACAUGGGUUGCACAGGAUUCUCAUUGUUGACUGGGAUAUCCAUCAUGGCCAGGGUAUCCAGUAUAUCUUCGAGGAUGACCCCAGUGUCCUUUACUUCUCCUGGCAUCGCUAUGAGCAUGGACAUUUCUGGCCCUUCCUGCCAGAGUCAGACGCAGACACUGUUGGGCAGGGACAGGGCCGUGGCUUCACUGUCAACUUGCCCUGGAAUCAGGUUGGAAUGGGCAACGCUGACUAUCUGGCUGCCUUCCUGCAUGUGCUGCUCCCGCUGGCCUCUGAGUUUGACCCUGAGCUGGUGCUGAUCUCAGCAGGAUUUGACUCAGCCAUUGGGGACCCAGAGGGACAGAUGCAGGCCACACCAGAGUGUUUUGGCCACCUCACACAGCUGCUGCAGGUGCUGGCUGGUGGCCGUAUCUGUGCAGUGCUGGAGGGUGGCUACCACUUGGAGUCCCUGGCACAGUCGGUGUGCAUGACGGUGCGGGCACUGCUGGGUGACCCUGUGCCUGUCCUGUCGGGGCCCAUGGUGCCAUGUCACAGUGCCCUGGAGUCCAUCCAGAAUGUCCGGGCAGCCCAGGCCCCUCACUGGAAGAGCCUCCGACAGCAAGAUGUGGCCCCUGUGCUAAGUACCAGCACCCACUCCACAGAGGGGAAGCCCCUGUCGCCACUGCCUGGAGAUCCUAUCUGUAAGGCAGAGGCAGAGGUGGCCUCGUUGAGCUUCCUCCUGGAUCAGCAGCAUCUCCACCCCACACCCCCUGUUCGAAUGGCUAUUACCCUGACUGCUGCAGACACUACCCUGGCUCUAUCCCCUCAUGUGCUUCGUCAGGAGGGGUCAUCCCCAAAGUGGGAGACAGAAGCCUGGGCCAGGUGGGCAGGACAGGCUGGGGAGAGUGUCAUGAUCACGUGUGUGUCUGUAUCUGUGACUGAUGUGCUGUCACCUGGUGUCUGGUCUGCCCAUCAUAGGCCACAUGAAUCCCUAGCCCAGGAUGAGGCACUUGGGAAGCUCCUAUACCUCUUAAAUGGGAUUCUGGAUGGGCAGGUAAACAGUGGAAUGGCAGCCACUUCAGCACCUGCUGCAGCAGCCAACUUGGAUGUGGCCAUUCAGCGAGUUCUGUCUCUUGGAGCCCAGAGGGUUCUCUGUGUGGUGUUGGGACAUCUGGAUCGGCCACUGGACCUUGCUGAUGAUGGGAGAAUUCUGUGGCUUAACAUCCGGGGCAAGGAAGCAGCCACAGUGUCCAUGUUCCAUGUUUCCAUGCCACUGCCAGAGACGACUGGAGGGUUCCAGAGCUGCAUCUUUGGCUUGGUGCUGCCCAUGGCUUAUGGCUUCCAGCCUGACCUGGUGCUGGUGGCGCUGGGGCCUGACCAUGGCCUCCAGGAGCCCCAGGCUGCUCUCCUGGCUGCAGUGCUCCGGGGGCCAGCGGGGGGCCGAGUCCUGGCCCUCCUUGAGGAGAAAUCUGCACCUGAACUUGCGCAGGUCCUUGUCCGGGCGCUGUAUGGAGAGGCGCCACCCAGCCUGGGCCCUUUCUUGGCGGCGUCUCUGGAGGACCGCCAGGCCUUGAUGAGCCUGCGAGCGCAGCUGCAGUCGCGGUGGGAGAUGCUGCGGGUGGCGGCCUCAGAGUCCACGGAGGGGCGCGGGGACUCCUAGCCUAGCGGUUCUGCGCUUCUUC